AUGGUUUGCCACUACGUGUACGUAAAUCUCGCAUUCGUUGUCUUCUCGGCAACUUUGAUUUCUCGCUGUUUCGCAUUUACGGAUCCGGCUGACGUCACCGCUCUCCAGGAUCUAUACAGGGCCUUAAAUAACCCUCCAGUGCUGCAUGGAUGGAACGGUAAUGAUCCUUGUAAGGAAUCUUGGACGGGAGUAGCAUGUUCUGGGUCAUCAGUUAUACACCUCAAAAUUAAAGGAUUAAACCUUACCGGGUAUCUUGGACGCUUGCUCAAUAAUCUACAGAACUUAAAGCAAUUUGAUGUCAGUUUUAACAAUAUACUUGGAGAAAUUCCACAGGGUUUACCCCCGAAUGCGACGCAUAUAAAUAUGGCAUGCAACUAUUUCAGUCAAAAUAUCCCCCAUUCACUGUCAACAAUGACAAAACUAAGACACCUGAAUUUAAGCCACAAUUUCUUGUAUGGAUCCAUUGGCAAUGUGUUUACUGGUUUAGAUAAUCUCAAAGAAAUGGACCUUUCGAACAAUAAUUUCACCGGUGAUCUGCCAAGUUCAUUUGGUUCCUUGACCACACUGGAUAGAUUGUAUCUGCAGAAUAAUAGAUUCACCGGAUCAGUCACCUACCUGGCCGAGCUUCAACUCAUUGAUUUGAACAUUCAAGACAAUCUGUUUAGCGGCAUUCUUCCACAGCAUUUUCAGACCAUACCAAACUUAUGGAUUGGAGGGAAUAAGUUCCAAGCCGUGGACGACUCCCCUCCCUGGGCAUUUCCUUUGGACAACGUACCCAUUGAGCAAGACACUAGUCGCCCACCCAUAACUCAGGCAAAUACCAUCGAGAACUAUGGUCCUCUUAGAGUAAGGAAACAAAAAAAGAAACGUAUCACUCCCGGAGGAAUAGCUUUUAUGGUCGGUGCAGGAACAUUAUUAGCAACAGGUUUCGCUCUCUUCAUCGCGAUCCGUUUGAAUAAGCUUUAUACGAAGAGACUGGAGAACUAUGAAAGCGACCAUAGUUCAUUGCCUUCUUAUCCAAUCAGUGCAGCCAAAGAGGAUUCUACUACGGUAGAUGAGAGCCUGCAAAUCCCACCUUAUAAUGCUUCAUCCCUUAUGGGUCCAAGGCGAUUAACUUCUCAAACACAUAAAAGAACCGGGGAAACAUCAAGAAAAAGCUUUUCUGGAAGAGACCGAUUCAAUGGAAGGACAAAAGUUUAUACAGUAGCGGAGGUUCAGUUGGUUACAAACAGUUUCCAUGAAGACAACCUUCUGGGAGAGGGAUCCCUUGGUCCUGUUUAUAGAGCUGAAUUCCCAGAUAACAAGGUUUUAGCCGUGAAGAAUAUCAACAUGGCGGGCAAGUCUUUCAGUGAAGAUGAAAAGUUCUUAGAUGUCGUGUGCACGGCUUCCCGUUUGAAGCACCCUAACAUUGUUUCACUUAAAGGCUACUGUUUGGAGCAUGGACAACAUCUUCUUGUCUUUGACUAUGUCAGAAAUUUAACUCUAGAUGAUGCUCUUCAUAGUAUAGCAUACAAACCUUUAUCGUGGGGCACCCGUCUCCGGAUCGCUUUAGGUGUUGGUCAGGCCCUGGACUAUUUGCACUCGACGUUCUCCCCUCCUGUUGCCCAUGGCAAAUUAAAGGCUACCAAUGUGCUACUGGACGAAAACCUCAUGCCUCGUGUUACUGACUGUGGCUUGGAUAUUCUGAGACCACUGACAGGCAAUAAAGUCAAAAUUCGGGCUUCCGAGAUUGAUAUUAGAGAUACAGGAUACAGUUCACCUGACCAUGGUCAACCAGGAAUUGGCAGCACGAAGAGUGACAUCUUUGCCUUUGGAGUGUUGCUUCUUGAACUUUUAACAGGAAGAAAACCUUUCGAUGGUUCCAGGCCAAGGGAAGAGCAAUAUCUGGCAAAGUGGGCUUCAUCUAGGCUUCAUGAUACUGACAGUUUGGAACAGAUGGUGGAUCCAGCAAUCAAACGGACAUUUUCAUCCAAGGCUCUUUCUCGUUAUGCUGAUAUCAUCUCCCUCUGCAUUCAGCCCGUAAAGGAAUUUCGACCUCCAAUGUCUGAAAUCGUGGACAAUCUAGUAUCAUUUUCUCAAAAGAUGGUUUCAAAGAGUGGUGUAGCAGAUGGUACUGAACUUGACCCACUUGACAGGUCAUUUCACACAACCACCUCCCGCUUUAACGGUUCACCCGCUCUGAGCUAUGUAUCAGCCUGA